CCAUACCACGCUUUUAAAAACUCAGCCCUUUAAAUAACAUCAAAAUAGUUACUUGGUGAGCACUUGAGGAAAUUCGAAGAGCGGGCUGCCGUGCCAGCCCCACUUGGCACCUCCAAGCAGUCGCGCAGAGCUGUGCCCCCACGUUUGCCCGGUGAUAUUUUGGUAUUUUGGAUCCUGAGGAGCCUCAGCAGUGCGGGUCCUGCCAUGUAGAGCACAUCUACCACCCGAACCUUGGGAAGCCAAGCGGUGAAGUGCACAACGCGCGACUCGCCAAGGCGGCGUUGGCAGAGGGCUGUGAUGCUGAGGAGGGAGGAGGAAGGCUUCAGCGAAGGGCUGGGGCCCCAAAUCACGCAGAUGUCCCCGUGCUGCUGCUCCGAGCUGGUUCCUUGAGCAUUUUGGUGGAAGUGCUGGCUGUGGAGCCAACUUUCCCCGGCCCGACCCGUAAGGAGCCAUUUCACCACACCGGAGCCCCCCUUCCCGUGCCCCCGGCGGGGUUUAGCGGGGGGCUGGCGGGCCCCUGACCCCACAGCUCCCCGGCUGGACCCCCGGGAGGUCAGCAGGCAUCCGAGAGGCAAAAUGGGCGCUUUCCCUCUGCAUCCCCGCUGCAAAACCAGCCGGGAAGCUCACGGGGGAGCCGGCGGCGAGCUGGGGCUGCGAACCGCGGCGUGCCGGCCCCUGGGGCUGGCGGGGGUGGUUUAAAGGAGGGGAAGGAGGAAAAAAAAAAAAAAAAAAAAAAAAGCAAAAGCAAGCAAAACUCCGCUCCGGACAGGCUGGGCGGGCCCUCCUGCAGCUCACCGAGCCUCACCGAGCCGCCUGCGGGACGAGCCGGGGUCGGCCCGGAGCCCGACUUCCUGGCUGGGCGUCAGUGGUGGGUGACUGCGCGGAGCCUGCUCAGCGCGGCGAUGGGAGGAAUGUGAAGCUUAAUGAGCACCUGCAAAGCUGCACAGCAGGGAAGGAACUGCCAUGCCCGUGGGAAUCUUCCGAGUGUGCCUAGUGGUGAUUACAGCGAUCAUCAACCACCCGUUCCUCUUCCCUAAAGAGAAUGGCACUGUCCCCGAGAACACGGAAGAAAUCAUCCAGAAGAUGAAGGAGCGGGAGGAGAGCCUUCGGCUGCAGAAGCUGCGCUUGGAGCAGGAAAUCGCAGACCAGGAAGCUGCACAGCAGGCUCUGGAGAAGGCAGCAAAGGUAGUGGAGGAAAUCAAAGAGGAAAAGGUCCCGUGGGACAUGUGGACGGCUCUUUCCAUGGUCAUCUUCCUGCUGAUCGAGCUCUGGAGGCAGGAUUUCCAGGAGGGGAACUGGCAGGACACAGGAGCAGAAGAGGAUGACAUGGCUGUCCUGGGGAAGGCAUUUAAGGGGGUGGCCUUCCCCGACAAGGCCACCUUGGCCAGCUUCUACGAGAAGCGAAUCCUGGGCACCACUGGCGACAUGGCCAGGAUGCGGGAGAUGGUGGAGGGCUUUGCAGACGACCUGCUGGAGGCCUUGAGGAGCGUUUGCAACCGGGACGCUGACAUGGAAGUGGAGGACUGCAUGGGUGUGGGGAGCAUGUACGAGAACUGGAGGGUGCGGAAACCUUUUGUCUGUGACCUGAUAGUGCCUUUCGCGCCCCCAGAGCCGUAUUGCUUCCGCUCCCAGAUCUGGUGCUCCGGGGACAAUUUUCCCCCCGAUGAACAAGGUUACGGCACUAUCAAGGUAUGCAGGGCAGAUGAGGAUGUGACGGGUUGCAUCUGUGACAAGACUAAACUAGGGGAAGAUAUGCUGUGCCUUCUCCACAGCCAAGGCAAUACCUCCAGGCCCAGCAGCGAGAUGGAAGACCUCCUGUGCUUCAAGAAUACUCAGUAUCUUGAUGCUGACCAAGUCAUGAAGUGGUUCCAGAUCGCAGUCACCAAGGCCUGGAACAAAAUCUCCCACAAGUAUGAAUUCGACCUGUCUUUUAGCCUCUUGGACUCCCCGGGAGCCCUGAAGAUAAAAUUCAGGUCAGGGAAAUCAGUCGCCUUCAACCUCACCCCUGUGGUGCAGUACGAGAACUCAGACGUUUACUUCAUCUCCCAUUUCCCUCGCAACGAGCUGGCAGCAGAGCUCCCCUCCAGCACUCGCUGGUUCCUCACCUUUGCGGUGUACGAGAGGAGGUUCAUCCAGCUCAUCUCCAAAACGCUGCCGGCCGGUGCCUGCCACAUCAGCUGCCUCCAGAUCCUCUCCUUCCUGCACGGGAAGCAGUGCAGCCUCACGGGCCCGAGCGGGCUCACCAACUACCACCUGAAGACAGUGCUGCUGCAUCUGCUGCAGGCGCGUCCUGGUCAGGACUGGGCCCCGGAGAAGCUGGAGGCCCGGCUCCAGGACAUGCUGAAAUUCCUGGAGAAAUGUUUGCACGAAAAGAAGCUCUACCACUUCUUCAUUGGCAACGGGAAGGUACCGGCAGAGCUGGGCUUCCCCAUCACAUUCCAGAGAGCCGAGCCUCUCAACCUCUUCCGUCCCUUCGUGCUGCACAGGGACGUUUACAGAAAGACAGUUGACACGUUCCACGAGAUGCUCAGGAACACGUCUGCACUGAUCAACGAGUACACGGUGCACAUUCCCCUUGCACACACCAAUGGGAUCCAUAAGGAGUCCAUUUAACCAAAGCCAGCAGGAAAAACACUUGGUCCUCUAUGCACAAGUCCAGAGGGCAGCUUUUCAAAGCCUCCUGGAGACAACCGGCCUUGCCAGCGCAGCUUCUUGUCUGCAGCUGAGCCUGUCCUGGUCGUGGUGUCUGCAGGAAGGGAGGAGGGAUGGGGGGAGAAUAGGGAGAAACUGAAAGGCACGGUAGAAAAGUAAGUUUCUGCUCCACUGGUGUGCUGGCUGGGUUUUACACAGCUAAGGAUGUAUUUUUAUAUUGUGCCUCAGUCACACUACGGUGGUGAUGAGAAACAACUCUGAGUAAUUAAUUUAUUCAGAUGCCUACAAUGCAAUGGUGGUGGCAGCCAAAUACUUAAUUUCCUUUGGAAGGGGAAGAUAAGAAAAGGGUGGAGGAGUCAAAGACGGGAUCCUGGGGCUGCAGGAGCCUGUCUGCUUGCAGGCAGCAGGAGCUCUGUGACGAUGGGAAGUGAGACUCAGUGCCAGUGGGAGAAGGAGGCAUCACUGCUGAGGUCACACACAAUCCUGAUUGCACGCAGAAAUCUCUAAAUCCAGCACUGCUCUUUAAUUGAAGGGGAACUGUGGUUUUUAGAAAAGGCAUUUUGAUAGGGCUUGCAGCACUAUUUUAAACGGCUCAUCCUGUCUAUCAGAAACACUCCUGGACACAACAUGUGUUUUCUCAGUGGGGAGAAUGUAGCAGAGCAAGCAGCAGGACCUGUGUCUUGAGACCAUUUCAUUUAUGUCUUCCAUUUUCUUCAUGGUAACACAGCUACCGGGUUUUAUUCUUAGCCAUUUUCCACAGAUAGAUAAACGACCAGGAACCUUUUUUACAUUAGAUAAGAGAGAAAUGCUGUUACUGGGUUCUGGCUUUUUGGUUUAUUUGUUUGCUUUCCUUAUCUCCAGGCAGCAAGUCUGAGAACCAGCAAAGAGAGAAACGACUGCUGCAGGUUUUGCUUUUAUUAAAGAGGAAACUCCUCUAAAUUACUCUGUAAUGAGCCCAAUCUCAGGAGUUUGGUACCAGGAGUAAACGAUCACCCUCCAAAUGGGAGUGCAGCUCUCCCAGCAUGGUUUUAAUGAGUGCAGGAUGGCCCCAAGUUAGGAGGAGGGAUGCAGGAGGUGCACACACAGCAGAGAUUGGCAGUGCAAUCUCUGCAGCUGCUUACAUGUGUCUUCUUAUCCCUUCCAUGCCAGGUAAAAGCUACCUGGUUGACUCCUUACAGGGCUUCCUCGAUCCUUCUGAAGACUGCUGCUUUGAUGGGGUUUACUCUUGGGAACUGCAGCUAGCAAACCAUCUUUUUUCUGAUGGCAUUCCUUUUUGUCAAUCCCAUCUAUCCCAUGCAUCAGACAGAAGAUUGAACCUCAUAUCACUACUAGGGACAGGGUCUGGCACACGGCUCCUUAUCCAGUCUGCUGCUAAACUCCCCAAAGACAUGGCCUCUCCUGCCUUUUCCUUGUACGAACCAUUUCACCAGCUCCUUGAUGUCUGCUCACGUCUGUCCCCGCACCACUGAGGAACAGUUUCUGCACCGUUUCCACUCCUGGUUCCCCAGUGGUGGGGACAGGGAGCUCUUUGCUCUAAUUGCUUUCCCCUUGGCUUUUACCAUCGCAGCUGCGGGGUGCUUAAGUAAUAAGUCUGAGCAGAAAGCAAGGGGCAGGAAUCAAAAUGGGAGAGAAGAGGCUGGUAGCUACUGCCAUUAGGACAGUCUUGGCUCAUCUGUGCCUGGGAGACUGCCAGGGCUGGCAGAGCAUCAGGACAGGACUAAUUGCUAACGCUAACGAGCUGUAAGCCCCUGGCUUUCAUCAGCAUAACCAAGCAAGCCUUCCCUAGUGGGAAAGAGUGCAGGAGCACUCGCAGGGGACACAACGAACAGGUAGUGACAGGCAGAGGCGCAGGGAGGGUGGCUGAACACUGGAGGCUACGUUGGAAGCUGCAGCAGUUGUUUGCAAACCCAAGCAAUUUGCUGUUUCUUCCUGCUCAGGUUGACAGUCUGCAUGGGCUGCCUGCAGGCAGGUCGUACCAGAGCAGUUGUGGUCUGAGCUGCUUCUAAAUGUGUUCCUAGCCCAACCGGAGAGAAAUGAAAAAUUCUCUGCUGCUUCCUGUCAGGCAUCUAAAUUUAGCCUGUCCAAAGAACAGAAACAAAUUUGUGACCCCCGUCUCUCAGGAAAUGACACACAGGGUUGAAAAAUAACUUUGUUAUAAGGUCGAGCAGGGGGAGGAUGAGAAGAAAAGGCUGUUUAACAGAAUAAUCUAACUUCUCUCUUAAAAUGGCAGAGCAAAGCUGCGUAACACCAGUCCUACAGUCAUGUACACAGGCCUAAACUUGUCUUUACACACCUCAGUGCACUGCUGCUUAGGCUCAAAGGGAACCUACACUGAUAAGUGCGUCGAAUCUUUUGUUCUUCAUUUUCUCUAUUUGUGUGCACAUUUGCUUUUAAACCCAGACUCACCCCAACGUGUUCCCAUGGGGUUUAGCUGAACCCAAGCCGGAGCUGAGCCAAGGUAUUUAUGGAUUUGCCUUCCCUGAAAGCAAAUUGCUCGGCAUAAUUUGCCUACAUGAAUGCCAUGUGCUCCUUUCACCCUGAGCACCUUUUACAAGAUUUGGUCUGUGCGUUCAGGCUAGGAGCAUGACAGCUGAGAGCUGCCAUGUGAAGAACAUCAUGCUCUGGCAUUUUCUCUCCUCUUUUCUCCCUGGCUCGUCUCUCCUGUGAUAAAUCUGCCCACCAGGUACUGCCCCUCUCAGUAAAAGGCCACGCUCACAUUUCGUUAGAAAGGUUUGUAAGGCAAGACAGCUUCAUCAGCUGUUUGCUGCUAAAAACCUUCUAAGAUUUCUCAGUGCCCCCAUGUUUAGUGCUGCCCUGAUUGACACCUUGCUGGGCAUCCAUGAGAAGCAGCUUGACACGAGUAACAAAUGCGCAUCCCUGGUAAUGCCUACGGGAGAUCCUAAGGAAAGGUAAACUGCCCAUCCCAGCCCCCUUUUGGUGCUGCUCUUGUUAUUUGCUAACCAGAAUUACCCAGCUGAACUCCCAGUGCCUUCUGCUGCUUUCCAGCCACUCCCUCCACCCUCAACUUGUGGUUUUAAUACUUUAUUACAGGUUUUCUCAAAGCAACAGAAUUAGCAGUGGUGAUAACACCCACUGAUCUGCGACAUAGCCUCAGGAACUAUUCACCUUUAGGAAAUGCCUUGGUCUAAGUUAUUAUUGCUGUUCAGGAGCUGAAUGUCUUCUAAGGGGAGCUGCUGGGAGUUCACUCCUCACUUUGUGCCAACCACAAACCAAACCUUAUCUGUCAUCCUAGCAGCAGGAUUUGGUGUUUAUUCACUGUACUUUUGUAAUGCCAAGCCUUUGCAACAUUUUCCCAGUGGUGAAGAAAUAAGAAUUCACCUUUAACAGCUUAGCUGCUGGUCACUGAGGGGUUAGUUCUUCUCAUAGGAUUUUAUGUCAUAAAUUGCUUUAUUUAUUACCUGUCUUUUUUUUUAGGAUUUUUUUUUUUUUUCUGGGGGGUAAUGUGUUAGUUCAGAAGUAAAACUGUAAUACAAAGAGCUACCUUGGCAGUGAACUGCAAUGGGGAAUAACAUCAAAACCCUCCAAACUAAGCUCUUCCUUGAUUCAUGAUGCUGUACUCAAACUGCUGCUUUUAUAGCAGGACACUGUUGAAUUUGUAUAGAUUUUCUCAUGCAGCUUUAUUUAUAAUAAAGAAAGUCUUGUACAAAAUCUAAA